AUGACUCCCAGCAAUCCGUAUCAAUCCAGAAUUCUACUUUUCCAAUCGGCCGAAACCGCUGUCAAUGAAGAAUAUGCCAGCAAAUAUGACUUUAAUAUAUCCUCAGAUCAUAGUUCAUUUAAUUGUGAAAUGGUUUUCAUCCAGGACAUAAUUGAUUCGUAUUGCAUGAAACUGGUUAUUGAUUUCAAGUCACCCAAGAUGAAUAACUUUCGCAGCUUAUUUAACUAUGACGUCAAUAUUUGCGAAAUUUUGGGCGUGAAAGGAAAUCCAGGGCUAAAUCUAUUGUCAACUUGGAUGCAAAAUACUUACAAGCAUAACACUAUGCCAAGUUCAUGUCCAAUUCGGCAGGGCUCCUAUGGCUUGCAAGAUUUCAAAGUGGAUAAAAACAGCAUUCCAGCUUUUGCCAUGAAUGGCAUGUAUCGCAUAAAAGUUGGAUCCCCGAUCCUCCUCUUGCUUUGCUGUCAGGGUGAUUUACAUGAUAAAAAUCAUAUUGUGGAAUUAAAAGAUGAGAUUUUUGUGUAA